AUGGUAGAAGCCCUGUGCUGGUACGUGGUCUGGCAAUUGUUCUUGUCUAAAUUCAAAUUCCUGAGAGAACUGAUAGGUGACACAGGGUCCCAACAGGGAGACAACGAGCCUUCAGAGACUGAAGCUGAACAGGAGACUCCACCCUCGCCUCAGAGAGGUAGACAGAAAUCUGCUCGACAGCGAAGGGUACCUACAGAAGACACAACUUAA